AUGGCUCUCGGCGAACGAAAAGCGUCAGUCCGAAGGAAAGUUCGAGAGGAGCUUCAGAAAAUCGACUCACAGGAGAUUGAAAGACAAUCGGCCAUCAUCACAAAGCACGUGCUACAAUUGCCCUCGUAUCAGAAUGCAAAAUCUAUUGCCAUAUUCUUAUCCAUGCCAGGAAGGGAAGUCUCCACUCGUGAUAUUGUUUUGCAAGCUUUCGAUGAUGGCAAAUCUGUUUUCGUUCCAUACCUCCAUCCAGGAGAAGCCCCCGAGUCCACGGUCAUGGAUAUGUUGCAACUGCGAGACAUGGAAGAUUUUCACUCGCUAAGGCCUGAUUCCUGGGGUAUUCCUUCGCUUUCAAAGACUUCUGUGAACAAAAGAAGAAAUGCGCUUGGUGGAAUUGGUGUUUCGAAUGAACCGCUGGACGGCCAUCAGUGCUUUCCAAUUCUUGACCUCAUAUUCAUGCCAGCAGUAGCUUUUGACCAAUCUCUUGGGCGACUCGGGCACGGCAAGGGAUUCUAUGACCGCUAUCUCAAGACAUAUAAGGAUGCUCUUGAGUCCAGCAAACCUGGACAAAAAAUGCCACACCUGAUUGGAAUUGCCCUCCAGCAGCAGAUGCUCCCACCAGGAGAGAAUAUUCCUGUAAAUGAGGACGACUGGAAAGUGGAUCAGGUAGUGGUAGCCGGGGUUUGA